UCCCUCGUCCCUCCUCCAAAGGCUGCAGUCCCCUGCCCUAUGUCCCCCCCAUCUCUCUAGGUCGCCAUGCCUUCCAGGCUGAAGUUCUUCCGGGGACAGCGCUACCAGCACCUGAAGAAGCGCUGCCUGCAGCAGCAGAGCCUCUUUGAGGACCCCGAGUUCCCGGCCACCAACGCCUCCCUCUUCUACUGCAGAGACCCUCUGCAGGGAGUCUCCUGGAAGCGCCCCGGGGAGCUGUGCGCUGACCCCCGGCUCUUUGUGGACGGCAUCAGCCCCAGGGACCUGCACCAGGGCAGCCUUGGGAACUGCUGGUUCGUGGCGGCCGCCUCCUGCCUGGCCAGCGAGCCCAGCAUCUGGAAGAAGGUCAUCCCCAACCCCCGGGAGCAGGAUUGGGAUCCUGGCCGGCCCCACGCCUACGGCGGCAUCUUCCGCUUCCGCUUCUGGCGCUGGGGCAGCUGGACGGAGGUUGUGGUGGACGACCGGCUGCCCUGCCGCCAGGGACAGCUCCUCUUCUGCCGCUCGGCCGAGCCCCGCGAGUUCUGGAGCGCCCUCCUGGAGAAGGCCUACGCCAAGCUGAAUGGAUGCUACGAGGCCCUGGAGGGCGGCAACACGGCCGAGGCGCUGGUGGACUUUUCGGGGGGCAUUUCGGAGCCCCUGGCGCUGGACGAGGGGGGCUUCGGCACGGACCCCGAGAAGCGGAAGGAGCUCUUCCAGCAGCUGAAGAAAGCCCACGCCCGGGCGGCUCUCGUCAGCUGCUCCAUCCGGUCCCUCCCUGGCGAGGGGCCAGAGGCCGAGCUGCCCUGUGGCCUGGUCCGGGGCCACGCCUACGGGGUCACGGCGGUCAGGACUGUCCACCUGCGUCGGAGGAACCUCCUGGAGCUCUUCAAGGUCAAGAAGCUGCAGCUGAUUCGCAUGCGGAACCCCUGGGGGACGGUGGAAUGGAACGGGGCCUGGAGCGACAAGUCCCCAGAAUGGCAGAAGGUGAGCCAGAGAAACCGGAAGCAAAUGGGGGUGACUGUCCGGGACGAUGGCGAAUUCUGGAUGAGCUUUGAGGACUUCUGCGCCCAUUUCACAGACGUCGUCAUCUGCCGCCGCAUGAACACAGCGAGGCUGAGCUGCCGGAGGAGCUGGGUGGAGGGUCUGCAGUUUGGGGAGUGGGAUCCCCAGAAGAGGCGGGCAGGGGGCUGCCUCAACCACCGGGACACCUUCCUGGAGAACCCCCAGUUCUUCUUCGACGUGUCUGGGGUUCGAGACUCGGUCCUGAUCUCACUGCAGCAGGAAGACACCCGUCAGCUCCGGGGGUCCGGCUCUGGGGGGCACAACCUCCCCAUUGGCUUUGAGCUCUUCAGCGUGGAGCAGAACCGGACUUGGCGCCUGCACCGCAUCCCGCCCCGAACGGCCGGCUCCACCUACAUCAACUCCCGCAGCGUCUUGCUUCGGGCGGAGGUGCCCGGGGGCCGCUACGCCCUCCUGCCCACGACCUUCGACCCCGGCCAAAGCAGCGCCUUCCUCCUGCGCAUCUACAGCGAGCGCCCGGCCAGGCUGCGGGCCAUCAACCGCAAUGACCCCCCACCUCCGCGCUGCAGCUGCUGCUCCGGAUCCCACCAGCUCAUCACCUCCGUCUGGGUCCAUCGGGCCGUGGGGCUGGCGCUCCCCAACUCCAGCAAAGCCCCAGAUGUCUACGUCAAGGUCUGCUCCGAAGGGCAGGCGGUGCGGUCCUGCCUCCACAAGGCCGCCUCCAGCCCAGACUUCAACUUCAAGGCCGUCUUCUGCCGCCGGCGCCCGCAGAAGCCCAUCCGCAUAGAGGUGUGGGCCAGGCGGUUUCUGCGCAGCACCCGGCUGGGGUACGUCAAAGUCUUGGCCGCGGAGACCCCCCCGGAUGCCGGCAGUGGGCAGGUGCUGCGGCUGCAAGGGGGACCCCCUGCCUGUCCCCCAGGCUCCAUCCUCGUGGAGACCUCCACCAGCUCCGACCUCCUGGCUCUGUGAGCUCGGCCGAGGAGCCCUUUGUGGACGCCAGGGAGUGCACUGGGUGCCCGCCUAUGGGUGGGCGUGUUAGGAUAUAGUUCCAUUCCACCUUAAAAGGGUACAGACAUGAUAUUCGUGUAUCACAUGCCUGUUUACGUCCAGCACAGUCUGCUGGGAACUUCCGUUGUGUAUUACUUUUGCUAUACUGCUCUUUUGCCGGAGACGAAGGGAUGCAGACAUGUUUUCCUUUGUUCCUGAACUAUGCUGAAUAAAUGCUGUAAAUAAUGCUUACAUCUGCCUCUGUCCGCCUCAUCCGCUGUGUGAUGGUUUACACACUCUGCUGACAGAGUGUGCACAAGUCUCUAAGCGUAUCUGAGGCUCGUGUCGCUGGCUGACUCAUGCUGUUUCACGGGAGACCGCUGAUCGUCCGGAGCAAGCUGGGGGCCUGCCUGAUGCCCCCGUCUCCCCGGCAGUAUCCCAACAACAUGG